AUGCUUAGAAGACAAGCCCGUGAGCGCAGAGAGUAUUUAUAUCGGAAAGCUCAAGAGCUCCAGGAUUCUCAACUGCAGGAAAAACGGCAACUAAUAAAGCAUGCUUUGGCGCAAGGCAAGCCACUGCCAAAAGAUGUGGCCGACGAUGAGCAGCUACAGAAGGAUUACCAGUACGAUCAAACAAUUCAAGAAACGAUAGACGACGAAUAUAGCGCGACCAGCGGGCUGGCAGAGCCCAAAGUAAUAGUCACGACGUCGAGAGACCCCAGCACGAGGCUGUCACAGUUUGCAAAAGAAAUAAGACUACUGUUCCCCACUGCUGUGCGGCUCAAUAGAGGUAACUACAUCAUGCCCAACCUAGUGGAUGCCUGCAAGAAAUCCGGGACCUCGGACCUGGUGGUGUUGCACGAGCACAGAGGUGUUCCCACAUCGCUCACUAUAUCGCAUUUUCCACAUGGGCCUACAGCGUACUUUACGCUUCACAACGUCGUUCUGAAGCACGACAUCCUGAAUGCCGGAAAUCAGAGUGAAGUGAACCCUCACCUAAUUUUCGACAACUUCACGACUCCGUUGGGAGAGAGAGUAGCCACAAUUCUAAAGCACAUGUUUCCUCCAGGACCUAAGAAGGAUUCUCCCAGGGUUAUCACAUUUGCCAAUCGUGGCGAUUUUAUCAGUGUAAGACAGCACGUUUACGUGAGAACCAGGGAAGGAGUAGAGCUUGCCGAGGUAGGACCCAGAUUCGAAAUGCGACUGUUUGAACUAAGACUUGGAACUUUAGACAACAAGGACGCCGACUUGGAAUGGCAACUCAGGAGAUUCGUGAGAACCGCGAGCAGAAAGGACUACUUAUAG